AUGGGCUCAAGCUUAUGCUGCUCUCGCGAUCCAGAUACCACACGAAGUACGAAAGGCAACACCGGUGACCGGAGCUGGCAAACCGGCGACGACAAGUUUCUAUCGGACAUAACCACCUUCUCCGUGAAGGAGCAAGAGCAUCAGCUUAAGGCAGCAAGAUUAGAGGAGCAAAGACUUGGUCGUGAAGCCGAGAAAGUCAACACAUGGGUCAAACAAGAAUCAGCCAGAUUCGACUAUCGUCCAUAG